AUUCUUCUUCCCCCCACUGUGCAUGCUAUGACUCACGUCAGCGCUGAAAGCUAUGAACCACAUUCUAUGAAUCACGAUAUACUUGCCUCACCGCUGCUGCCAGCAGAGCUCUUGAGUUUGGUAUUCGACCAUUUUGUUGUGUAUCCAUCGGAUCUCCACACAGGCUACGCUUUCAGCACCUCUUUUGGUCCAGCCAAUACUGAGGCGCGACACGCACUUGCCAGUUGCUCCCUCGUUUGCCGCUCUUGGCUCGCCUGCUCCUCCGUACGGCUGUUCGCCCAAAUCGUCAUCGACGCGAGUGGCAACAACUUCAAACGACGUGAUGACGUAGAACGGUUCACUGUGCUAGCACAGACAUCGUUGCGUUUGCAGGCAUACACGACGUGCGUGUCUGUCCUCGGACCCCUCUUCGAAGCAGCGCCAGUUGUGAAGAUUGUCGAGCCACUCGCCGCACUACAAGAGCUCCGGCUGUACGACUGUCACCUUGCACUCCCCGGCAGCGCAAGAUCGGUUGCUCAUCCCGUUCUCAUUGCGGCGCUCCGAACGCUAAUCCUCGACCAGGCGUCUACGGGAUCGCUAACUCGUAGCCUGCUACUCUUUCCCACCGUCUCACGAGUGUGCAUUCAGAGACCAUUACCGUGCGGCAAGUCGCUAUACGGCCACGUUAACGAUUUCGGCGUGGGCUACCUGCGCGGCAAGACAAUUGCGCGUCUGGAAUCGGUCUCUGUCGGCGGGCUCACGUACGCUGCCGCAGACCAUCUCGUUCUGCUGGGACGAUUUGCUGACCGCUCGGGGCUGGCCUUGAUGGAGUUCACAAUCGAAGACGCAGACGCAAUAUUUAGGGAGCGGGGAAAGAGCGAGCUCGGCGACAUCGACCGGUUCAUCUGCACCUUCGGACAGAACGUAACGCACUUGACGCUAGACAUGGAUCACCUGCGAGAUGGUGAGUACUCUUGGUAUUAUGUGCGGAUAUUUCCUUUUUUCUGACGUGCGUAUCAUAGAUAAAGACAGCCUUCCGUCGCUUCGCGCCCUCACUUGCCUACGCUCUCUGCAGCUCGUCAUUCCAGACUGGAUGGGCUAUCGCAUUCCGAAGGAAUGCUACAACCCUGCACGUGUCGCGGCACUGCUCGACACUCUGUCCGUGGGGCUGCGUUCGCUUCAGUUGACCAUACCUGCUACGAUGCUCGACGCCUGGACAGACGGGCAGCUGUCUAGAAUUACGCGGUCACUGGAGCGCAGUUUCGAGGAGCUGAGGGCGCUGCAUGUCGUGCUCCACUGCACGCGCGAGUACGGGGGAGAUAUUCAGCGCACAGUAGAACAUGCACAUGUCAUGGUACCGCAGAAGUUAAGAGAUGUCGCCCGAGUGGAGUACAUUGGAUGGCGGGCGUUAUGGUGUGUUGGAUGGAUAUGGAGAGGGAAUUAUUAUUAGAAGGAAGAAAGACGAGACGGUUACAGAAACUUCAGGCUCGAAGAGGGCGACCUCGGGUUUUCGCGAAGAGAAAACUAGACUGGUAUGAAUAGAAAGCUCUCCCAAAUCUUGGUUGAUGUGACUCACUUCUAAUGCAAGGACCAUCUGCUGCACAUCGAAAAUUUCUGUCAAAGUGACGAGAGCAUAGCAGUGACGGUGACUCAUCGAUACGGACAGUCAUUAGUGCUCGGGGUCCGCAUGAUCUCGACGGGGAAGCGCACAGACCCCAACAACCGGUCUCGUUCCCGUCCAUAACACGACUGCACUCCCGAGACGUGAAGAUGCCUCAAAUAUGGGCAGAGCUACCACAAGACCUCUUCUGGCCCAUCGUCGAUCGGCUCGAUGCCACUGGCUUGUAUCAGGCGACCCUCGUCUGCCGCGCCUGGAUGCCCUACGCGUCCGAGCGCCUUCUGCGGCGAGUCGUCGCGAACCAUACAACCCAGUACUAUGACUCGCCGGUCACGUCCUGCAGACACAGAACAAAGCGGCACGACUACGCGAUCUUCCGCGAUCUCGUCACGCGCUCGGAGCGCCUGCGUCGAUACGUCCGCGAGCUCCACGUCUUGGCUUCGUGGAAGGGUUCACCCAGCACGGUGCUCUGCAUGUGCCGCUAUCUUCCGCGCCUUGAGGUGCUGCAUCUAGAAGGGGGACUGCCUGCCUUGUGCAUCGAGGAGCCUACCGCGUUCGGAGGGACGCUCAAGCUGUCUGGACAAGACAUCGGCGAGUUGGUGGGCAUCCUUUCGGUGUUCACUAGCAUUCGUCACCUGUAUGUGAUAGACACGCCAAGGAACGAGCACCCAGGAGUGGCAGUAUCCAAAGCUCAGCGAUCGGGCAGUCGUAUAUGCAGUAUAGAAGAGGUGACGCUCCGAGAGGCCGAGAGCGACACCAUGGCAGUCCUGCAAGUCUUCGUCGAGCCCACGACGCUGUGGAAAGUCUCGCUGCUUGGGAAGAGAAGCUGGGACUGGGAAAGUGAAAGCUUCUUUGCGUCCUUCAAUGUCUUCCUGGAAACAACAUGCAAAGACAUAACGCACCUAUCCUUGAACACUGGAUAUCUCGACCGCGGU